AUGGUCGACAACAAGAAGCGCAAGCAUGCAUCUGUAGUAAUACACCAAACCGAUCAACAAGAUAGUUCCAACAAGAAGAGCAGGACAGAGCCUCAGGAUGCGGAAGACAUUGAUACAUCGCGCCCCACAGCGCUCUUCAAGCCCACCACAGCCAGGAAUUGGACUGUCAGCAUUGCACUGCCAGGAAGCUGGCUUCUCAAUGCCAAAAAGCCAGAUCACAAGACGAUGCAAGUAGGCCGUAUCGCGCGAGCUGCAGCAGUUUUUUGUGUUGACGAGAUUGUCGUCUUUGACGACAACCCGUCUGGACUCACACCCAAUGUGGUAUCUGACCGGUAUACGCGUGGCAAGAAAUCCAAGUCGAAGCAAGAAAUUCUUGACUCUAUCUUGGAGGAAGAUGAGCCAUGGCAAAACCCAGACCAAUUUUUGUAUCACGUUCUUUCAUUCGCCGAGUGUCCGCCGCAUCUAAGGUACAGCCACGAUGACCCCAGUUUGAGCAUCUUUCAGAAGCACAAGAAUCUGGAAUGGACAGGUACACUACCCAGUAUGGACAUGCCGCAUCAUUUGCGACCGCACGAGUGGUGUCAAUUUCGAGAGGGCGUUGUUGUCGGCCCUGCAGAUGCACCACCAGCAAAUCGAGGGUUGAAGGGCAAGAAGAGCCAGAAAGAGGAGGAGCAACAUGUGUACGUGAAGUGCGGGCUUCCUUCUCCAGUGAUUGUGCCUGUACCACCGGGAGCCCCCAUCGAGCCCGCGAUGCGCACGACAGUACGAUUUGCCAACUCAGACCCUCCCAAGAACUGGCCGCACCUCUCGCAAUCCGAGUGCGAAAGUCUGGAGGCUACAGCAUGCGCGUCCUCACUUCCACGCGAAGAGGCAGGCUACUACUGGGGCUACUCUGUACGCAAGGCCUCCUCCCUCAGCACCGUGUUUUCCGAAUGCGAGUUCCCUGACGGCUACGACUUCACCGUGGGCACAUCCGAACGAGGUGUCAACGUACGCGAUAUCAUCCCAUCGACCACAUCGAACCCUUCGGUGCAGGCGCCGGAGAAAUUCAAUCACCUUUUGCUUGUGUUUGGCGGUGUUGCAGGGAUAGAGCCGGCAGUCGCAAACGACCCUGUUCUGGCAGAGAAAGGAUUGGGCAAAGGAAGCGCACAUACACUCUUCGAUUCUUGGGUCAAUCUUGUGCCCGGUCAGGGCAGCAGGACUAUCAGGACCGAGGAGGCUGUUGAAUUUGGGCUAUGCGCGCUGAAGCCGUAUGUGGAUUCAAUGUAUGCUAAAUAG